GCAACCUUGGAGGACCCCAGCUUGCCGCGGGAGACGUGGACCUGAGUGGGGCCAGACGCCGCAGAGGAAGUGAGGUUGGUGGACGGAGUUGGAGUGAGGUUUGUGUCCAGACCGGCUGCACCAUGUCGAAGGUUUCCUUUAAGAUCACACUGACGUCGGACCCGCGGCUGCCGUACAAAGUACUCAGUGUUCCUGAAAGUACACCUUUUACAGCAGUCUUAAAGUUUGCAGCAGAAGAAUUUAAAGUUCCUGCAGCAACAAGUGCAAUUAUUACCAAUGAUGGAAUAGGAAUAAAUCCUGCACAGACUGCUGGAAAUGUUUUUCUAAAGCACGGUUCAGAACUGCGAAUAAUUCCUAGAGAUCGUGUUGGAAGUUGUUAGUAUCUGCUGCUUGGAACAUAAAAUCCCCUUCCAGAAUAAAUAUUGUUAUUGUUAUUGUUGUAAAAUUGGAAUCAGGCAUUUGAAAUCCUAUGAAGACACCAAUAGUUGAUGAAGUAAUGAAAGGUGGCUGUCUGUCCCUUCUAGUUAUUCACAUUCUUCACGUGAAGAGGGGACACUUCUCUGUUGAGGGUGUCAUCACCACAGAAGAUCACGUUACUACCUCACAGCACACACAGGUAGUUCAUUGUGGGUAAAUGGAUUAUCCAACUGUGUCUUAUAACUGGAGGAUGCUUCUGAUCAUUCUUUCUGAGAACAUUUGGAAAAUUAAAAUUUACUGAAUCUUCCUAUUUGUCUUUGAGUUAAUAAUGUAAAAAGAUUAUCAAUCCAUACGUGGCAAUUUGCUUGAUAGCAUCUGACCUGGAGACACAAAAAUAGUUGAAUUUUUCAUUAAUAUCGUUUAUAAUAAAGGAUCACAUCAAUGAAUAACUAUCUUUUUAUCAUUUAGCUUGCUUUGAAGUUUUCAGACUUCUUGAGUUCUUAUAAAUUUUAAUUUAAAAAUCAAAGAGCCAAAACUUGAAUUUUCGAUCUAGCCCCUUACGUGUGACAUUGGUAUCCCACGCCAAAGGGUUUAAUUGAGACUAAAGUAGAAGCAUCAGUUGCUGAAUUAUGCAUUCCUUUAUUGAUCUCUUUUUUUAAAAAAACCUUUAAAACAGGAAUCCUCAAGAAACCAUCUUUUUGAGGAUAAUAUAUCUAAAUAGUGUUCAGGGAGAAAGCAUUGUCGUAAAGAGGAUCUGACGUUCACAACAGAGCUCAAGGAAAUGCUAAUUGAAAUGCUCACUAAUUCUACUUACUGAAGACCCAACAUUUAAGGAAGUGUUAAGAUUAGUUACUGGAGUGAAUAAGAAGCUAGGAAAGGAAGCUGGGGAAGCCCAGAUGACCAGGCUUCUAGUAAGAAGGAAAGAAACAAAAAUGAAGGGGAGCAGAAAGGUGUAACGAGUGUCACAGAAAAGGCCAAACUGGAUGGACAAAACCACAGAGGCUAUGUUGGGAAGAACUGAAAGGAAAAUAAAAUAUUUGACAUUGUUAUAAGGAGCAGAAGGCAAUCAGAGAAAGCAAAGCAUAGGCCUUGUCAACAUACAGAUUUCAAAAUUCCCCGUAGAGCAUCUAAAGAAUGAUAUGCAUAAGGGAAGAUUUUGUUUGCCCUUAGGACAUCAAUAUCUAUGCACAUCUUGAAAGGUGAAAGGAAGGCUCGUGGUGAUUGAGAACCAGUGCUUGACUUGCUGUAUUCUAGAUGGUAAGCUCUGGAGGCAGGCCUGGUGUCUGUCUUGCUCUUUCUAGGCCUGGAAAUGUAGGCCUUCAAUGAAUAUGUGUAGAAUUAUUAAUGAAUAAAGUAUUUCUAAGAUCAAUUUUUAUCCAAGUGUGCAUAGGCUCUAGGUUCAUUGGGGAAAAAAACAAUGCAACAGAAUCAGUAUCCGAAGAGUAAUAUUGGUUAAGUUUAAGGAAGUAACUAGAUAUUGUUCAUAUGUUUGGCAAAUGAACAGCAGGAUUCUGAAUUGUAAAGGGAAAAAAAAUUGUGCUGAGGUAGUAUGUUGCUAAUGUUUGGGGAAUUUUUUAUUUUUAUAAACAAAGUCUGACGCUUAAAGACUCCUAGUCUUUAACGACAUUAAGCCUCAGUUAACCAGAAAUGUAUGAAUACCCAGUUUUCUGCAUUUUUUGUUUUAUUUAGAUUUCGCCCAUUCUGUUUCUAGCACAAAAUUCUGCCUAAUUUGUUACAUUAAUAAGUUUUAUGAUGUCUUCUACCAUAAUUUGUUUAAUAUUUUUGUUCUUUGUUUGGAAAAUUGUAUUGCAGUAAGGUCUUAAAAAUAUUUUCUUAAAGAACUAGGCGUUUUGUUAUUAAAUAAAUGUGAUCUGUAACUUCUUUGUGCAGAAUGUUUUGAAGUGUUGUAUUUAGUUUAAAUGCUUUAUUGGUACUCUUGUGAAAAUACAUUUUCUUAUACCAUAAA